UUAAUGUUGUCUGCUACCAAAACAAAUCAAAGCAAUUUACCAGAAAUUACGCAGUCAAAUGGUCAUUUACCAGGACGAAAUUUUAUAUAGUAUGACAAGUAUAGGAAACAGUGCUGAAUACAUGUUUUAUUUACAGUAAGACACAUGCAAAUGCCCUGAAAUAGGUCUUGAAAAGAGAAAGAAAAAUCAAGGCAAACCUCAUAGGUACUAAGGUAGGCAUAGGAAUUCGACGUGAUGGCUCCACGAAUCGCCAGUGGAUUUUGGGGCAUUCCAACUUCCACAAUAGACUGGUGUGAAGAAAACUAUAGCGUUACAACAUAUAUUGCAGAAUUUUGGAACACCAUUAGCAAUUUCAUAUUCAUCAUACCAUCACUGGCUGCUCUGUAUUUUGCCUUUAUUGAUCACAUGGAUGAUAGAUACAAAUGGUGCAAUGGAUCAGUAUUAACCGUUGGUCUUGGAUCCUGGUGCUUCCAUAUGACACUACUGUAUAGUAUGCAGCUAUUGGAUGAACUACCAAUGAUUUAUGGAUCAGCAUUUCUGAUUUAUUCACAUUUAGAAGUAGAGAAACCUCGCAACCAUGAAAAUAUACCCUUGAAGAUAAUUUUAACAAUGUAUUGUUUAUUUGUCACUAUAGUAUAUUUGCUUACAAAGCAUGUGCUAUUUUUUCAGUUGUCAUAUGGUUUUGUUGUAGUAUCAAUGAGUGUUGUAUGCUGUAAUAAUUUUAGGAAGUAUCGAGAAGCUAGAAACAUUUUCAUAGUUGCCACAGUUACAUAUGCUUUUGGAUUUCUUCUCUGGGAGAUAGAUCAAAACUUUUGUGGAGGCCUUAAAUUAUGGAGAAGUGAAGUAUUGGGACCUUUUGCACCAAUAUUUGAAUUACAUGCAUGGUGGCACCUCUUAGCAGGGACAGGAACAUAUCUAUCUGUAUUAUAUAGUGCAUAUUUAAGAUCCUUAGUAUUAGGAAACAAACCAGAAAUAAAGUACUGGAAAAAAGUUUGGCCAUACAUAAGGAUAACUAAUGGUAAAGCAAUGACAUGAUGAUGGUAUUCUUUAGUAUGGAUGUUAUAUGAACAGGAUGUUUCCAGGUGUGAUUGAAGCAUGAUUGUGACAUGAGGUUUUUGUUUGUUGAACACUAUGUUUAACUGAUUUCUGUGGGAUGAAUAUGUAUAUUAUUACAUUGUAUGUGUAUACUGUUCAAUCUGUAAAAACAACAUUAUAUAAAAUAUCACAUUACCAAUAAUAAGAUUUCACUGCCAGUAUCAGAGUCAGUUUUAUUUGAUAGAAAAUAACAUAAGAAAACGUAAGCUAAAGGGUUAUUUAACCAUGACUUGGUUGUAUUAUAACAAUAAAGAUAAAAUAGUAUAAUACUUAUAGAAGAAUGCUACUAGUACUUUAUGUAAGUAGAUGUAUGCAUUUAUGUGUGAACAUUUAUUUAUUUUUGAAGUAAUCAUGAAUGAUAGAACAUUUCUCAAUUUUUGAAACGGGUAUUCAUUCUGUUGUUCAACAUAUAUAUGUUUUUAGUUAAUGGGUAUUCAUUUUCAUGGAUUCAGGUUCAACAAGAAAUCUAAACAUAGCCAUUCAACUCUUGUGGCAUUGUGAAUACUGAGAAUAUGCAUUCAUAUGAUAUUCAAACACAGUUGGUCUUCUUAAGAAAAAUUCCACUGGGCCUAAAAAAAAUAAUUAUCUGUUUUUUAGACACUGGACUCUGUGGAAAAAAUCUGCAGGCUUUUUAUGAUUACAAGUGAUCUUGAUUUUCACUUUUCAAAUGGAUGCAGAAAUCUCAGAUAAUUUUGGACUUAAUAUUACAAAUACAUUUUGAAAUUUGAAGCAUAUUUCUUGUGGUUUUAAUAAUUGUUUGAGGAUAAAUGAGAAAAGAAACUGAUGACAUGUGAAUUAUUACAGCUUGAACUGUGGUUUAAGCAAGGUCAGUGGCAUUAGGCUUGCGGCAUUUUCAGCCCUUAGAAGAGAAUGUUUCUUUCUGAUAUAAGUCACACAAUUGUCAAAAAUAAAUAUAUCAAUUUAAAAACAUCUCCUUUUUUCCUUUCAUAGUCGUGUAUUAGGUGCUGAAGUUGUAAUACAUUUGUUAUUGAUAAGUAUGUAUAUUCAAGUAAAAGUAUAAUUUCUCCCUCCACAUAUAUGGGGGGGGGGGGGGGGGUCAAAUUGUUUUAUCCUUCCAGUCAUUCCAUUUGUACAUUUAUCUGUCACAAAAGUCUUGUCAACGUCAAAUCCACAGUUUACAUUGGAAUGAAAAAACUAUACAGAAUAACUCUGUCCUGAAUUUUAUUGUGCACCUCCCUUUUCCAAUUUUUUCAUAAAAAAAAGAAACUUUACGAUCCAUUUGUACAUCUGUAUGCAUGCAUGAAAAUAUUUUGGUAUUUGUGUAUUCCAGGCCAGUUAUGCAUAUGUAAAAAAUAAAA